AUGGAAAAAUAAACAUCAGCAGCAUUCAGCCAAGAAUUUAAUUUUAAGGAAGCAGAUGAAGCUCCAGAUGACUAGUUCAUUAUGAAGGGGGUUUACUUUAAUGCAUUUGGCGCUCCUGAGCAUCAUACAAAUAACCAAGCCAAAAAAAAACCAAAAAAGCGUGCUUUUGCUAAUCGUAUUAGAGAUUAACUUGAUUAAAUUUCUAAAUUAAAAGAAUAAGAAAUGAAUGAGUAGAUAAAAGCUAACAACAAAAGCGACUGUGGUAAUAUUUCUAGCGGUAAUAAUAACAACGGUAAUUCAGCUCAAAGAAAUCCUCCUUAAAAUAACUACACCAAUAACUCUGAAAGCAGUGAUGAUGAUUCAAAAUUUAUAACAACUAAAGUUAAUCAUCUUUAAUAAUCGCGCAUAUAAAAUGGAGGGCAGUAAAAUUUACAAAUGUAAAAUUCCUAAAGCCCUUAUAUUAAGCAAAAGUAGCAGCAACUAGUCAGUCAAACUCUAAAUAGUCAUCCUCAAUUGAAAGCUAAUGAUUUCAUUGAAACAAAUAAUAUAUCCACUAAUUACAAUACAAACUAUUAAAAUACUUAUAGUAAAAACACCUUUAGCAAUAUAAUCAAUACACCUAAUAUCGUAAAUAGAAAUAUAAAUAUAAAUGUUUCAAAUGAUAGUUCUUCUUCAGAUUAAGAAUUCUAAGAGAAGUACAAAUAAUAAAACAAAUCUAAAAUCUCUCCUAUCCCAGAAAACCCUCAACAAAAAGUAGCAGCGCAAUAACCUUCAACUUAAAUGCUACUGAAGAAUUAACAAGUUGGGAUGCAAACAUAAAAUAAUAAUAAUAAUGUGAAUAAAAAUACAUAAAAAUCUAGCUAUUAGGUUGGGGCAACAUGCGUGUAAAACAAAAAGAAUAAAAAACGCAACAAAAGCAGAGUCCUAGGAUCUUCGAAUCAAUCUUUAUCUAGUAACUUAUAAAUUAAUCUUUAGAAAAAAAACAAACCAUUUUAUAGUGUGAACAAAUCCUCUUCUUCAAGCUAAUAAGAAUUAGAUGACGACUUAGAGGAUGAAAAUGAAACUUUUACUUAGCAGUAUAUGAAUCAUUAAAAUAUUCAAAAUAAUAAUUAAGUAUAUUAAAAUAAUCUUUAUUAAUUUUAAUAGAGACCAAAUUUGUAUAAUCAAUUUAGACAAUAAUAAUAACAAUAAUAGCGUAGUCAAGAAUAAAACGAUACUUCUGAUCUUAGUCCUUGCAUAUAGCCAAAGAAUUAAAACUAAUAGAAUAUUAAUAGUAAUGAGUAUAACUAAUAACUUUUAGACUCAUCCAUUCAAAGUGUGUCUAUUAAAAAAACUAUCAAAAACAGCUCUCAAUCUAUGUCGGCUGAGUCAGAUAUCGAAGAAGAAUAAAAUAAAAACAAAUUUUUUGAAAGAAAAAUAAAUCCAUUCUUUAAAAGCAUUUCAGCAUAAGAUACAAAUCAACAAUCAAAUGCAAGCUAACAAAACUUAAUAAGAAACAAUAAUAAAUUGUCCAACUUGAAAAUAGGAGGACAAACUACAGAUUUUCAAAAUAAAUUUACUAGCAACAAUAGCUUACAGUAUCACAUAAAUGCGGCUGCUAACUUUGGAAACAGCUUGUUAAAUAAUCAAGCUAAUUUAAGUGACAGAAAAUCAGUUGCUCAAAGCCCUUAAAAACAAUUAUUUGAUAGCGGAAUAAAGCGUAGUAGUUUGCCUGUCAACAACGUCUUUAAUAGAAAUUCAGACGUUUGUAAUAAUGGAAGUAAUUACAAAAGUAAUUCAAGAGAAGACUAUUACCAAAAAGAAAAGUUUAUAAAAAACAUAGAUGGUGAAUAAAGCAUCAUUACAGUCAAGAUUGAAAACGUGAGCUUGAAGCCUUUUCAGACAGUAAUAGCUGAAAUAGUUUCUGUAGAAAGAAUAAAUCCUUAAUAUAUUUCUUAUACACUGAAACCUUCUUAGAUGAUACAUGCUAUUUUGAAAUAAUCAUAUUCCUUGCAACACAACACUCUCUAAGUAGGAUAGCAAUACAUUUUUAAAUUCCAUACUUUAGAGAGUUCAGGUAGUUUUCCAAUCAUUAACGUUAAUGAAUAUAUACCAAGAUGA